AUGUUGAAUGUUCCAAACGAAGAAAUCAUUCCAUUUGUCGAUUCGUAUCACGUUCACGAUCGCGUCAGGGACAGGCAAAUGACAGCUGAAAUCAAUAGUAAAUCGUCAGUGUAUCAAGAGGACGAUACGAUGACAGAGAGCCAAGAGAAUCUUGCCUUAGCUUACGUCAAUCGCAAUAUUGAGUCUACUUUAGCUGAGCGAAGAAUGCAGCAAAAGUUAACCGUUUCCAUACGGAAUAUCAGCAACAGAGAUUUGAUAGAAGAAGCUAAAGAUAAAGCAACUGAUUUAUCGUUUACUGAUGAGAAGGCAAGAGGAUUGCGUCGAAAUUCAAUUUCCUUGCCGAGUUUGAACAUAUACGAACAUGAAGCACUCCACCUGGAACAGCAAAUCAAUCCGAGAGUAGUCGCUGGAAAUUCUGAUACCAGUUUACUACAUGAAGGCAUAGUUUUGAUACCAAAAACAAAGUUUCCUCCCGUCAAUCAGAAACCGAUGCUGCAAUUCAACGACGAUAGCAGUAGCGAUGAAGAAAACCAACAGAGGGCAAAAAAUCUUUUCCGCACCAAACGACGUUCGUCGAUUGCUCCACUGCCAGCCUUACGAUUGAACGACAAGGAAAUGAUGUCGAACGAUUUCGACACACAUAGCGUGUUGAGUAAUCAAGCAUCAAUCACAAGCGUUAAUUCCUUAGCCAGUUUGUUAAAAGAAAAAAUGCAGAAUGUACCAGCAAUUAUUCGAAAAAAAAAGCGAGAAACGAAGGACUACAAGCUUCGUGUAUUUGUGGGGAUGUUAUUUCUUAUAAUAGUGUUUUUGGUUGGCUACGCUUACGUCAUGUACAAUCAAAAACUUCUGGCAAAGUCAUACUUCGAUAGUAUAAAAUUCCAUAAAAAAACUCGCAGCUUCCGUCUUUUAGAUGGUAAAGGGACGAUGGACAUAUUAACAGGCGUUUUGGGAACAACUUUAAACAAUGAACAACCUUACAACUGCCUGCCUAAGGACCUAAAGGAUGAUGGUAGUGUGUGCUAUGAAUGGAAUUCAAAGGCGCGGCUGUACAUGAACCUUGUCAAGUCGCCAGGAGCCGAAAUCAAAUGUUACUCAUUUCAGUGGGAAGCUUUGAUAAGCGACUUGAAUCCGACUGAUUGUUUUGAUGCAUCUGAAGAUCGCGGAUUCUGGUUUGGUGGUGGCCUGACGAAAGGUGUUGAUUACAUUCUUGGGAAAGCUUCGUUUUCACCCGCACCAUUUGUGACGGGUGACAUAAACAUGCAUCAGUGGGGUAAUGCAUUAAAGCGAUAUUUUUUAAACUCGCGAGGAGUUGCUAUUCAAGUAGACGAAAAAACGCCUCUGUUUGUGAGCGUUAAUACUGCUGGAUCUGUUCACCGUUUGUGUCUUCAAGGGCAGAACGAUAAAUUCGCAUUUGUUAAUCGACAGACGCGGUUUCCGGAGUUAAAGUACACGAUUUGUUCAGGUCCCGACAUGAAAACGUUGCAUAAUGGGUUAAUGCAGAAAAGCCUGUGGGAUGGACUAACAGAGAGAGACAAUGAUAUCAUUAAAUCACUGCUACGGGAACCAGUUUGGCAAAUACCGGCGUCGAAGCCGGAAGAUCUAACAGAAAUGGCUAUCUAUAAUUACACGGAAAGUAUCAUUGCGCUUGGAUACUUGCGACUAGGACACGUGUUAGUAAAUGAGUUUUGGCAACGUAUUAUUGGCGAUUACCAUUUAGACUCAGAAAGGUUUCCUACGCUAGAUGAGACAGUCAACAUUCUCCAUCGUCGAGGAUUCCGGGUGUCGCUCACCAUUCAACCAUUCAUAAGCACUGAGAGUAAUAAUUUUCGAGAAGCCGUCGCCAAAAAGCUGUUAAUAUUUGAGCGCGAAUCUGAAAGAAGUAUUCCAGCGCUUACACGCUACAAGAGUGCCACUAGCGCAGGGGUGCUAGAUGUAACCAACAACGCUUCGAUUCCAUGGUUGGCUGAUCAAUUGAAAAAAAUUUCCGAAACGGUUGAGAUUGAUUCAUAUUUCAUAGACUUCGGAACGGCAUUCAAUAUUCCUCGAUAUUAUCAAUGUUCACAGACGCUUGUUAAUCCGGAUGAAUACAAAAAUUACUUUAUGGAGCGUUUUGAGAAUUCGCUGAGUAUCUUUGGCGUGUCGAGUGCAGUUUCCGUUCCUAGACCGCCAUCGUUUUUAAGUCUUCCUCCAGUCAACAGUUCAUGGAGCGGGCUGCGAAGCAUUAUCCCCACGAUGUUGUCUUAUGGCAUAAUAGGUUUUCCUUUUCUAAUGCCUGGCCCCGUUGGCGGUGACAUGGUACUGCCCACUCAACAGCUGAAGAAAAUGUAUUCAUAUUAUUCCUUCGAUCUGCCACCUCUGCCUGAUAAGGAAUUGUACAUUCGGUGGUUGCAGUUAGCCACGUUUUUGCCAGUUCUGCGUUUCACGCAUUUACCUUCGGAGUACCGGGAUGAAAUGGUAACAGCAAUUGCCAAAGAACUAGCUGAAAUACGACAACGUGUGCUGCCCCUCCUAGAACGCUUCUCAAGCAUUGCGAUGGACGAAGGUUUGCCGAUUAUUCGCCCUCUUUGGAUGCUUGAUCCGACGGAUGUGAAUUGUUUUUCGAUCAAGGAUGAAUUCUCAAUAGGCGAUGGAAUGAUUGUUGCGCCGGUACUCGAAAAAGGAGAAACUAUUCGAGAAGUAUAUUUACCGCAAGGUGUUUGGAAGGAUGGUAUUGAUGAGUCAUUACGAAAAGGAAGCCGUUGGAUUCACAACUACAACGUGCCACAAAACAAAGUAGCUUAUUUUGUUAAAAUGCCCGACAAUACCCGAUUCUAAUGCAACACACAAUACGCAAUGGUAACGAUAUAUUAUUUAUUUUAGUAAAUAAAGUGUUAUUAAAUACCA